GCACGGCCGCAUUCGGGCGGAGAACACGUGGCUCCAGCACCUGCCCAAUGGGGACUGCAAGGUUUUGCUGUCUGACUUCGGCGAGUCGCGCAGCUUGGAGGACCAAGGCAGCGAUGCCAUGUUCGUCGCUCCUGAGCUGGUCGAGGGCCAAAGCACGACACCCACCCACGCCGGGGAUCUCUUCUCCUGUGGUGUUUUGGGCUACGCUUUGGCCAUGGGCCGGUAUCCGUGGUUCAGCACUCGGCCGGGAAAGUGCAAGACCUUCUCCUUCGCCAAGAGCCACGGGCUGCAGAGCUUCCUUGGCGACCGCCGAUGCCCCGCUUCCAAGGAGGGCCGAAUGUCAUCGGAGUACAAGGAGAUCUUGGGCUGCCUUCUCGAGUUGGAUCCCGGCAUCAGAGAGCAGAAGGCCCUGUCCAUGCGGGCGACUUUGCC